UUUUCCCCCUCCACCCCUCGGAUGAAGAUAGUUUUGGCUGCAUUUAGGUCCCUUCGACCAUAUCGGCCAUUGUCGCAAUUGCAAAGACUUCGGCUUGCAACUCCUCUUCUACGUACUGCAUCUUUGUUCCACUCACAGGCGCCAACCGUCGACAUGGCUCCCAAAACCAAGUUCGAGCUAAAAACUGCCAAGGGCACAAAAGAUUGGAGUGGCAAGGAAAUGGUCAUUCGAGACAAGAUCUUCAGCACCAUCACCGAAGUCUUCAAGCGCCACGGCGGAGUCACCAUCGACACACCUGUAUUUGAGCUCAAGGAGAUCCUCGCUGGCAAAUAUGGUGAGGACAGCAAGCUCAUCUACGACCUUGCCGACCAAGGCGGCGAGAUUACCUCGCUGAGAUACGACCUGACGGUCCCAUUCGCUCGUUUCCUGGCCAUGAACAAGGACAUUCAGAACAUCAAGCGCUACCACAUCGCCAAGGUCUAUCGCCGUGACCAGCCCGCCAUGACCAAGGGCAGAAUGCGAGAGUUUUACCAGUGCGAUUUUGAUAUUGCUGGCAACUACGACUCUAUGCUGCCCGACGCCGAAGUCAUCCGAAUCAUCACCGAAGUCUUUGAGGGCCUAGGAUGGAACGGCGCAUAUACCAUCAAGCUAAACCACCGCAAGAUCCUGGAUGGCAUCUUCCAGGUCUGCGGAGUCCCCGAAGACAAGAUUAGAACAAUCUCCUCUGCAGUUGACAAGCUUGACAAGCUACCAUGGGCGGAUGUCCGAAAAGAGAUGACCGAAGAGAAGGGCCUGGAUGGGGAGAUUGCAGACCGUAUUGGAAAGUGGGUUGUUUUGAGGGGACGCCACGAGCUGCUCGAGAAGCUCCGCAACGACGAGAAGCUUUCAGCAAACGAGUCCAUGAAGCAGGGCGUUGCAGAUGUUACUCUCCUUUUCGACUAUCUUGAGGCUUUUGGCGUUCUUGAUAAGGUAUCAUUUGAUCUUGGCCUGGCUCGUGGCUUGGAUUACUACACUGGCCUCAUCUAUGAAGUUGUCACCGAAGGUUCUGCUCCGGAGGCAACACCAGGAUCAGAAGCUGCGGCUGUAAAGCCAUCCAAGAAGAAGUCAAAGAGCAAUGGAGAGGACGAAGAUCGGUCUGAUGAUCCCACCAUCGGUGUUGGAAGCGUGGCUGCUGGCGGUCGAUAUGACAACCUGGUCGGCAUGUUUUCCGGAAAGAAUCAGAUCCCUUGCGUUGGCAUCUCAUUUGGUGUCGAUCGCAUCUUCUCCAUCAUCAACGCUCGGAUGGCUGCCGACAAGUCCGCCGAGCAAGUGCGUGGCAAUGAAGUCGAUGUCUACGUCAUGGCUCUUGGUGGAAAGGGACUAGUCAAAGAGCGUUUAGAGAUUUGCGCAAAGCUGUGGCAGGCUGGUAUCAAGGCCGAGUUUCUGUACAAGGCAAAGCCCAAGAUGCAGGCUCAGUUCAAAGCUGCCGAAGCCAACGGCGUGCCAUUUGCCAUCUUUAUUGGCGAAGACGAGUUAGCUCAAGGCAAGAUCAAGGUCAAGGAGAUGGGCUUGAAGGAUGGACACCCCGAAAAGGACGGAGUCCUGGUGGACACAGUUCGCAUGGCGGAAGAUUUGAAGUACCGCAUUCAACGCAAGAGAGAACUAGAGAGCAUCACAAUACAAGCCGGGGGUCUGAAGGUGGUGGACGGCAUUAAGGGUAACCAGGCAGCCAAGAAGGAGGCUGAAGCCAAGGCGGAGGAGGCCCCAGCAGCUCCCGCGGCAGAUGCGACGACUGAGGCCCCAGCUUCAUAGAGCAACAUGACCGAAUUGAAAAAAAAAGUUGAACGCUAUGAUGUGUCGCAAUCGAGUAGCAUUUUGCUAUCUGGUGAAGUAGAGAGCAAGGUAGUCAGUAUGCAGUCAGCCUUGAAUUGGAAUCUGACAGCAAGUCAGCCGCAAAGUCGGGUUUUAGCUAGAACGGCAAAGAGGAUUAGCCGUUGGGGACUUAUGCGCUUGGUGAUAUGCUUGUUGGGCCCCUAAAUGGCCGAGUGUUAGCCACUGAGUUGGUGUUUAUGUAUUUGAAAUAACGACAUAAACAAAAAAAUUAAUUUUUCUCAUGUACCACCCUAAAUGAUGAUAUAACCCAGGUUUCG